GCGGAGAAGUCACGACUAUCAGUUCGUGGUCCAUCGCUAGCACAUUCAGGUUUUAAUUAAGUAAAUUUAGGAAACAACACUGUUUACUGUUGCGGAUUAGAGGUUCAUGAUUUAUAUUUGGUUUAUUAAAAAGUACAACCCUUAAUUGUUAUUGGCUUAUAAGUUUACGUGUCAUGUUUGCGAAAAUAUGCGUCUGCAUUGAAACAUGGUAACUGGAUCCAAAAGUUGUGUGCUAAAAUUGAAAGUGAAAUUAAAGCUGCGAUACCAUUGGCGAUAGUCGGGCAGCCAUCGGAAAUCGGAGGAGCCGGCUGGACGGGAUGUUAUCGGAAAAUUGACAGCCCUGAAAAUCCUUUGGAAAAUCCUCAAGUUCAGCUGCUUUUGCACACACUGACCUUCAUUAUACACACAAACCCAUAUAUAUACAAGGUGCGUUCUGUGUGCGUGCAUGUAUGUGCGCCUGCAAGUGUGUGGGAGCACUGGAAAAAAGGUUGGAAAGGAAACACAAGCCAAAAAAAAAAUCAGUGAAAAACGAGCAUUUAGUUAAAAUAUUGCAAGCCGGAAAAGUCGACCGUCGAAAAAGUCAAGGACGCAAUGCUGCCCCCCGCCCACAGAAGUGGAUGUGGGUGGCUCACCCAUUAGAACUCCACUAAAACGCAAGCGCAGGAGUUUUUUCCUUCAAGAAGUCAAGGCUUCUUCGUUUUCGGGGUCAUGGUCACAGGCCGUAGGAUAUAGCGUAGAGCGUAUAUCAUAUAGGAUAUAGCCGCAAAGCAACAUCAUGUCCAGCGAAUCCUCCACCGAAGGCGACAGUGAUCUAUACGAUCCACUGGCCGAGGAGCUCCACAAUGUCCAGUUGGUUAAGCAUGUGACCCGGGAGAACAUCGAUGCCCUGAACGCCAAGUUUGCCAAUCUGCAGGAGCCACCAGCCAUGUACUUAAUGGGUAAGUCCUCUUGGACCCCGGGAAAUCCCACACAGAAUACAAAACACAUAAUCUCUUCUUCCACAGAAUAUCAGGAGUUGACCUCCAAGCUCCAUGAACUGGAGGCCAAGGAGCAAGAGCUCAUGGAGCGACUGAACUCCCAGGACCAGCAGGAGGACGUCUCCUUGGUUGAGCGUUUUAAGGAGCAGCCGCACUAUCAAAAUCAAACCCAAAUCCUGCAACAACAGCGGCAACUGGCUCGAGUCCAUCAUGGCAAUGAUCUUACGGACAGCUUGGGCUCCCAGCCGGGCAGCCAGUGCGGUACUUUGACCCGCCAGCCGAAGAUCCUCUUGAGAGCCCACCUGCCCAAUCAACAGCGCACUUCAGUGGAGGUCAUUUCGGGAGUUCGACUGUGUGAUGCCCUCAUGAAGGCCCUGAAACUCCGGCAGUUAACGCCGGAUAUGUGCGAAGUGAGCACAACUCAUUCCGGUAGACAUAUCAUACCCUGGCAAACGGACAUUGGCACUCUGCACGUGGAGGAGAUAUUUGUGAGGCUUCUGGACAAGUUUCCCAUUAGGACACACAUCAAGCACCAAAUCAUAAGGAAGACCUUCUUCUCGCUUGUGUUUUGCGAGGGCUGUCGCAGGCUUUUGUUCACCGGAUUCUACUGUAGCCAGUGUAAUUUCCGAUUCCAUCAGCGGUGCGCCAACAGAGUUCCCAUGCUGUGCCAGCCCUUUCCCAUGGAUAGCUACUAUCAGCUACUCCUAGCAGAGAAUCCGGAAACUGGCGUCGGUUUCCCCGGCAGAGGCACUGCUGUCCGGUUCAACAUAGGCGGCACCCGAAGUCGCAGUCGCCGAUGCAGCAGCAGUGGCAGCAGCAGUAGCUCCAAGCCACCAUCGUCGUCCUCUGGAAACCAUCGACAGGGUCGUCCGCCCAGGAUCAGCCAGGAUGAUCGAUCCAAUUCCGCUCCAAAUGUGUGUAUCAACAACAUUCGAUCGGUAACUAGCGAGGUACAGCGCAGUUUGAUCAUGCAGGCCAGGCCUCCAUUGCCGUAUCCCUGCACGGAUCACUCGAACUCCACACAGGCAUCGCCCACCAGCACACUAAAGCAUAAUCGCCCCAGGGCAAGAUCCGCCGAUGAGAGUAACAAGAAUCUGCUUUCAAGGGACGGCAAGAGCUCCGAGGAGAAUUGGAAUAUCCAGGCGGAGGAGAUUUUGAUUGGACCUCGAAUUGGAUCGGGAUCCUUUGGAACCGUUUACCGCGCCCACUGGCACGGACCCGUGGCCGUAAAGACGCUCAACGUGAAGACCCCGAGUCCUGCCCAGUUGCAGGCCUUCAAGAACGAGGUGGCCAUGCUUAAGAAGACGCGCCACUGCAACAUUCUGCUCUUCAUGGGCUGUGUGUCCAAGCCAUCUUUGGCGAUUGUAACGCAAUGGUGCGAGGGCAGUAGUCUCUACAAGCACGUCCAUGUCAGCGAAACCAAGUUUAAGUUAAACACGCUCAUCGAUAUUGGUCGCCAGGUUGCCCAGGGCAUGGAUUACCUGCAUGCCAAGAACAUCAUACACAGAGACCUCAAAUCGAACAAUAUCUUUUUGCACGAGGAUCUCUCAGUGAAGAUUGGAGAUUUCGGACUGGCAACGGCGAAAACUCGAUGGUCUGGUGAGAAACAGGCCAACCAGCCUACGGGCAGUAUUUUAUGGAUGGCUCCGGAGGUCAUUCGCAUGCAGGAACUGAAUCCCUACUCCUUUCAAUCGGACGUUUACGCCUUUGGGAUCGUGAUGUACGAACUGCUGGCAGAGUGCCUGCCAUACGGUCAUAUUAACAACAAGGAUCAGAUCCUUUUUAUGGUUGGACGUGGACUCUUACGCCCGGACAUGAGUCAAGUGCGUUCGGAUGCACCGCAGGCAUUGAAGCGCUUGGCCGAGGAUUGCAUCAAGUAUACGCCCAAGGACCGACCACUCUUUAGGCCGCUGCUCAAUAUGUUGGAGAAUAUGCUGCGCACCUUGCCCAAAAUCCAUCGCAGUGCCAGUGAACCGAACUUGACGCAAUCGCAGCUGCAGAACGAUGAGUUUCUGUAUCUGCCCAGCCCAAAGACGCCGGUGAACUUUAACAACUUUCAGUUCUUCGGCAGUGCUGGGAAUAUUUAGAAAGCCGCCUGUACCUGUACUUAAACCCUUGCGUGAUCAAAGUGAUCCUAUUUCUAUACAUAUGUAUUUUCGGUUUUUGUCCCUCUGUACAUAAGCGAUUUGCGAAUGGGACGGCUUUGGCUGCCCACCAAAGUGAAAGAGAUGGGUGGUGGUUGGCUGCCGACCUAAGGAGCGAAAAUUGCUGCUUUCCUUGGAACUGACAAGGUGCAUUUCUGUUACCACAAAACGACUACAAAACUGUAAACUAAACUGCAACGCCCAUGUGUACAUAACUGCAUCAUAACUUAUAUACGUUAGGCAAAACUACUGAAACUAAACUAAACUAAACUAGCUGAUCGUAAUUACAUUAUACACAUUAUACUUAUACUACAAAAAGAA